GUCAGAACUCACAUGUGGAGUAGAUAGAGAUGGGCAUGGGAGAGAUGCUUCUAAGAUUUCAUUAAGUUUACGUUUUUAGUUAUUCAAGUUUUUGGUUUUCAUCAUGUCUUUUUUCAUAAAGAAUAAAGGGAACCCAAAGGGUUUCAAACCAACACACGGCGCUGGUCGAAAGAGCGAUGGCGAUGGUGACAAACGAAACAAAUCCAAACUUAGCAAACGACUUAACGAAGAAAUCUCCAGUGAUUCCGAGACAGAAAGCGACCCGGUUGGAAAGAAACAACGGGGAGACGACGAGCGAGAGAUUGAGGAGACUGCACAGGAGAAGAAACUACGCUUGGCUAAGUCGUAUCUUGACCAGCUGAGAGAGGAGGAGGAGAAGAGAGCUGAAGAUGAUGCCUUUGAGUCAGAUCUGAUUGCUGGAAGACUACAGGAUGAUGUGCUGGAACAGAGAGGGAAGCUACAACGAAUGAUCGCAAAAGACCUGGUUCCCCCAGAGGCUUCAGAGGUGCGCUUGCUGAGGGGACACAAGCUCCCCAUCACCUGCCUGGUCAUCACCCCCGACGACAAGCAUAUCUUCUCUGCAUCAAAGGACUGUUCCAUCAUCAAAUGGGAGGUGGAGAGUGGGAAGAAAGUCCACAAAAUCGCUGGAGGCAGAAAGGGCACUGACGCCCGGCAUGUGGGCCACACGGCACAUGUUCUGUGCAUGGCCAUCUCGUCCGAUGGCAAAUACCUGGCCACAGGAGACAUGAACAAGUUGAUCAUGAUCUGGGAGGCAGCAACAUGUAAGCACCUUUACAAGUUCACUGGUCACAGAGGUCCAGUGUCGGGUCUAGCGUUCAGGAGAGGUACUCACGACCUGUACAGCGCCUCACACGAUCGCUCCAUCAAAGUGUGGAAUGUGGAUGAGAAUGCUUAUGUGGAGACUUUGUUUGGGCAUCAGGACGUGAUCACAGGCCUGGACUGUCUGAGUCGUGAGCGCUGUGUGACGACGGGGGGCCGCGACCGAACCGUGCGUGUCUGGAAGAUCGCAGAGGAGUCCCAGUUGGUGUUCCAUGGACACGAGAGCUCCAUAGACUGCAUUCAGCUCAUUAAUGAGGAGCACAUGGUCACCGGAGGAGAUGAUGGCGCCGUGUCCGUGUGGACGGUGAACAAGAAGAAGCCCCUGACCACGGUCAAGCUGGCCCACGGUAGCCGCGGCGACGCCGGGCUGGAGCAGCCCUGCUGGGUGUCCUCGGUGGCCGCCCUGCUCAACUCGGACACGUUGGCCUCAGGUGCCUCAGGUUCCCAUAAUUCCUGUGUGCAGUUGUGGAAGGUUGGCCAAAGCUACCGAGGCCUGGAGCCCCUCUUCAGCAUCCCAGUGCCUGGGUUUGUCAACAGCUUGAAAUUUGCAAAUUCUGGAAAGUUCCUUGUUGCGGGAGUAGGGCAGGAGCACAGGCUUGGGCGGUGGUGGAGAGUAAAGGAGGCUAAGAAUGGACUGUACAUCAUUCCUCUGAAAAGGAAAGAUCCGGAAUUAAUAGUAGCUACAGAAAUGGAGGCUGAGCAGGAGGAACGUUGAGGAGCAAUGCUGUGAGCGUGUGUGUGUUUUUUUUUGUAUGAUUGGAGAACGGGUUCUGAAGAACUUUAUUUGUUUAUUCAUUUAUUCUCAUUUGCAUUUGUAAAUGACAUUCAUUGUGGAAUCCCUUAGAGGACCUAAUUAAAUUUUAUGUUGAAAUCAUG